GUCCAUCGUGAAGCUCCCCUCGACAGUCCAGCUACUCUUUCACGAUUUCUACUUCCCCACGGGGUCCCGACAAAAUGGCGGCCGCUCAAGUGAUUUCGAAUUCGGGGCACGAAGACAUGAUUCAUGAUGCCGGCUUAGAUUACUAUGGCCGCAGGCUGGCGACCUGCUCAUCCGAUAAGACCAUUAAGAUCUUCGAGAUUGAAGGAGAAUCACACCGCCUCGUGGAGACCCUGAAGGGUCACGAAGGCGCUGUGUGGUGUGUCGCUUGGGCACACCCCAAAUUCGGCACGAUUCUGGCCUCCUCCUCGUACGAUGGCAAGGUCUUGAUCUGGCGCGAGCAACCGCAGAAUGCGACCUCCCCCGCUAGCGGCAGCACUUGGACCAAAGUCUUCGAUUUCUCCCUACACACUGCUUCCGUUAACAUGGUAUCUUGGGCCCCUCACGAGAGCGGAUGUCUCCUGGCUUGCGCCUCUUCCGACGGUCACGUCAGUGUCCUUGAGUUCCGGGACAAUGCCUGGACUCACCAGACCUUCCACGCCCACGGUAUGGGUGUGAACUCGAUCAGCUGGGCUCCUGCAGCAUUUGCUGGCAGCUUGAUCAGCAGCAACCCUGGACCUGGCCAACAGAGACGUUUCGUGACCGGUGGAAGUGACAACCUCAUCAAGAUCUGGGAUUACAACACCGAGUCCAAGACCUACAACCUCACUCAGACCCUGGAGGGCCACUCAGACUGGGUCCGCGAUGUGGCCUGGUCCCCCAGCAUUCUGUCCAAAUCGUACAUUGCCUCGGCAUCGCAGGACAAGACCAUCCGCAUCUGGACCUCUGACGCUUCCAACCCCGGCCAGUGGACUAGCCAAACACUCGAGUUCGACACCGUUCUGUGGCGCGCUAGCUGGAGUCUGAGCGGCAACAUUCUUGCCGUCAGUGGUGGUGACAACAAGGUCAGCUUGUGGAAGGAGAACCUGAAGGGCCAGUGGGAGAAAGUCAAGGAUAUCGAGGAGUAAUUGGUAUUCUCGCAUUGAUUCCUUUUUUCCCCGCAUAAUUCAUGUCAAGAUUUCUAUUGCUAUAAACAUCAAAGACCCCUUCAUACACUUCUCAAAAUCUUCUUGUUUGAGGGAGCAAAUCUGGUUGCAUCUCCAUAGACCGGAGAGCGAUAGACGGUGUACUGACUCCAAUAUAACUAACUGCACCUGGGCUAUAUGGAUCGGUCGAAAUAUAGAAGGUACGGGUCAAUGGCUCAUUUUUUUGAUUCAGUUAUCUGUGAUACUUGAUUAUAUAUCACUACUGCUGGGGCCAAAAGAAUACGUAGCCCUAGACUAUCAGCAUUCAGCGCCCCAUGCACCCAAACGUCCUAUCAGAC